GCCAACGUUUUUAGUACAGCGUUGGCGGGCUUAAGCGACGGUUCCAUAAACGAAAUCACCAGACGACGGUUGAGUGUUUCACGGCAUCAGAUUUUAUUUUUUUGUGUGCGUAAAGCUCAAAGUGGAGACUUUGCCAAAAUCCAGAAGAAAAAAGAAAUAAUUAUUUCUAAAAAGAAACGUCUAAAGAAAAAACAAAGGCAAAAUUAAAAAAAAAGAAAAAAAAACGAAAUAAUAAAACCAAAACACAAAGGAAAAAAGUGCAAAACGAAAUUGAAUCUGUUAAGGAAAGAAGCUAUAAAAAUAUAAUUUCAGACCUGAAAGUCACAUUAGCAGAGUUAUAAAAAAAAGUGAGUGCUACAUUAUAGCCAAGCAUCGGUUGGAAGAAAAAAAAAAAUAAAAAAAAUUAAGAAAAGGCAAAAAAUAGACGUCGGGUAUAACACUUUGUUUUUUAGAAGAGAUCUCAAGCAGAACCAGUCUUUUUCUGAACAGCAGAACGGCAAGAAAGGAAAGAAAAAACAAAACGCUGCAAAUGAUGUCAGUUGUCUAGAGCGAGUAAAACAAGCCACAAGCCAUAGACACAACGGGACAAAAAGUUCUGAAAAGCAAGCAAAUAUACAAAAGAAAAAACCAACGAAAUUCAGAAUUUGGAGAAAAAAAAUAUUAAAAAAUAUAUGAACUCAAACUUAACAAAAAAUCUCCCAAGGAAAUAGAAAAUUAUAUCCCUAAGUGAAAAAUCUCGGAGAAAAAUUAAUCCAAACUAAAAUCCAAAAAAUCGUUUAAAAAGUAAUCCCCACUAGGGUAGUGUUUUACAUUUUAUUGUAAUUUCUUGUGUUGUUGUUAUUAUUAAAAUUUUCUGUUGAAAAAAAAUAUAAAAAAGUAAAAAGCGUGUUUCCGGCAAAAGCAAAAAAAAAAAAAAAACCAAACACAAUUAUUGCGGAGACACCACACUGCAUUAAACACCAGUUUUAUUAUUGUGGAUUUUUUUGUUGUUGUUGUCACUCAAAACCUCUAUGCCAGCUGUUGUCCGGUGUAUUUUCAGCUGAAUUGAUCACUUUAAGAAAACAAAUAAUAUUUUUAUAAUUAAGAUUUAUUUGAUGAUUUAUGAAUUUUGGAAAACAAAGGUGUUAUCUUUAGACCGAACCGAGAAGCAACAUUAAUUAAAUUAGAGCGUGAAAAAUUGCUGGUGUUCAUGAAAAGAACAGAUAAAACAGUAGCAGCCAUCAUCAGCAUCAGCGAAUUGCAAAGAAAGCUGGUCAGACAAGCGACGAUUAGCUGAUACCCCACCAGAGAGCUAAUCUACGAAAAAGAAUUAGCCAAACCUAAAAUCAUAAAUUACCGAAGACAAAAAGAGAGAGAAAGAACAACGAAGCUCAUCAAUUACAGAAAAGAAAACUGGGAGAAAGAAAAAUAGACAAAGCCAGCAAAACUCCGUAGAAGAAGGAAGUUCGACUUCCUGGUAGAAUAGUUCAUGUAAAUAAUACAAUUAGAAAAAAAAGCUAGAACAACAACAUUAAAAAUGGAAAUCAUGACAUCAACCACAACAACAUCGCCGAAUGCUCACAAUCAAAAGGAGCUGCGUUUAUUUGCCCCCUCGGGGACGACGACAACGGCAGGCGAUCAUCAUCUGGGCAAACAUGGUGCCCGCUCACCCUUCCAACGGGAAGUGCGUGAAUGGCAACGCAUUGAUCCGGAUACAGGUGCACUGAUGACAGGACGUCUGGAGGCUGAUCGCUGGGUUAGCGGGCCAUUGAACAGUUAUGGCAAGAUAUCCGAUUCACAAAACAUCUCCCAACCCAACGGUACCCAACAGACGCAACGCAAACAAAUCGAAGUCAUACAACGGUGUACAAGUGGCGGGGCGGCAAUGCAAGUGAUACGCUCCCAGACGGUCCAGACCACCUCAUCGCGAUGGUCGAGCCCCUCGUCAUCGGCCACCGCCUCACCAUCCCCCACAUCGGCGUUGUUGCAGCAGACACUGAAUUCGUCCGCAGUAAGAGAUAUUCAUUCACAAUCUUCACAAAAACAAAAACAACACAAAAACCACAACACCAACAGCACAUCCUCCGCAUCCGCCACCAACACCACAACCAAGUCCCCCUUUAGAGCCACAAAUGGCUUCCUACAACAACAUCAGCAACAGAAAACAAAAACUAAUCAGUCAACCACAACUAAAUUUCAACCAUCCCGAGAAAUUGGCACAAAAACAACCCGCACCACCACCACCACUACUACCAACACCACCAAAUCCAAAUCAUCCACCUCUUCCUCCUCGGCGAAACCACUUGCCUCGCCUUUAAAUGGCAAAAGAAAUUGGCCUCAAAUUGUUGUGGAAAAUAUGUCAUCCACAUUGGAUAUUUGCGAUAAUGAUGAUGAUAAUGAGCAUGUCCAUGACAAUGAUUACAUUGUGGAGGAUGCCAGUGGUGGUGAUGAUGAUGAUGUUGAUGAGGAGGAACACCAUGACGUCAAUGGCGGUCACCGUGAAAAUCAUCAUCAUUUUCAUUCUCCUCAAAAUAUAACACUUGUAGAUCAUGAUGAUGAUGAGGAUGAUUAUCAUCAUCGUUUUAAUGGCGAAACCUUAGAUGAUGAAGAUGAUCGCUUUUUUGCCAAACCACAACAUCCCAACAAUACCUCCACCACCACCACUGGCUUCUCCGCAUUCAAAUCGUUGGGGCUAAAUGCCAACAACGCCACAACUACCCUCCAUGACGAUGAUCAUGAUAGCCAUGUCAACGGCAAUGCCGAUAAUGAUGACUAUCAUCCUCAUCAUCAUCAGCAUCAUCAGCAACAGCAGCACCCGCGUUAUGAGCUCCAAAACGGCCAUAGCAGCAGUAGUUGUAGUAGUCUGAACAGCCAUAAUGGCAAUAGUUGUACGAAUGGCAAUCAAUUAUUUCUCUUGGAUACGGCGCCAAGUUUGAAGUUAAGUAACCUCAUGAAAAGCAGUUCCAGCAUCUCAAAUAGUUCGAAUAAUUCCACAACUGCAAUGCAAAACGAAACCACAACGACGACAACAACAACAACAACAACGAAUUUCAAUUCAAAUUUGAAUAAAAAUUCAAAUUCGUCAAUGAACACCCACAAAAGUAUGGCAGGGAAAAAUAUAAGCCUACAUGCAAUUGUUGGCAACAACAACAACCACCACCACCCCAGUAUUGGAGAUCGAACAACAAAGACAACAGCAUCAUUGACACCAUCACCGACAACGACGACAACACGACCAUCUUGGCAACAACCUACCAUAUUUAGGCAAAAUGGUAACAACACUCCUCCCCACAGCCCCCUAACCAGUCAGCGGGGCAGUAGGGGCCAAACGGCACAGCACAGUACCAGUUCCACACCAAGUUCCAGUCAUUCGAGCAAAUCACGCGUAGGUGACAACAAUUGCUGUGGCAGCAGCGGCAGCGGCAGUGGCAGCAGUGAUGAAUCUCGUCCACACACCACAGCUGAACUUCGUCAUCAACAGCCUCAGCCCCAGCAUCAGUCACAGCGUCAACGGGAGCAGUCACUGCCAUCGUCGCAACACGAGCAACGACAAUCACCUCCUUCUGCGUUGUACCAAUUGAAACCGCAGAACGAUAGAUUGACACCAACGCAAUCUGUUCAGCUCAGGCCACAACAGCACAGCUAUAAUCGUGUCGAUUUGGAAAGUUUCCGGCAUUAUGGCAGCAGCAACAACAACAACAACAUCAUCACCAGCCACCACAUUACCAGCGACACAUAUGCGAAUGAUUCGGCUCCGGCUCUUUCCACCGAUCAUCAGCAUCAUCAUCACCAUUCCCAUCAUAACGACGAUGAUGGAGAUGGUUUACGACUCUCUUCAAGACAUUUGCGCCGACAACAAAUACCCAGAGACAGUGACUACUCAGCGGCACCAUCCUCCCUGCAUAGAUCCCGAUCUAUAUCCACAGACGAUUUAAGUACGGACUGGGACAUUAACGGUGUGGACAACGAAGAACCGGCCGAGUGGAGGCGAGUCAGUAAAUUGCGAAGAUCAUUUCAAAAUUCCGGUAGCACAAAAAUCGAAACCACAAUUCCGCCACCAAGACGGCCGCUCGAUUUGCCAGAAAGUUCGGUGAGCGUUUCAAAAAUUCGAGCUGAAUUGGAGAAUGGUAGACGUUUGAAUACGGUUAUGAAAAAUAAUCACGUAGAUUUGGCGGCACUAAGUUCCAUAUUGAAUGGACCGGAUAAUAAGCCCGUGUCACCCUCACUUUCUUCGACGCGCAGUAGUUUUCUGACAGCUGAGUCUUUAAAGGAAAUAAGAGGAAAACUGAAGAGACUAUCGGACGAAUCAUUGUAUAAGGAAGAUUUUAUUAUUAGCCAGCAAACGAAUGCGGAAUUACCGGAACAGGAACACAUCGAAGUCCAGCCAUCGACAAUAAGGAAAAGUGUGGAAAAAUCUCCGGAGAGAUAUACAAGUAGAAGUACAGAGAGAAGAGAAGAGGAACCGGCUGGUAAGCAUAACACCAACAGCCUGGAAUCCCGACUGAAAUUCAAGGAAACCAAUCCCACAGAGUGGCAUUUGAGGAGGAAAUCAUAUGGUUUUGAGAAAAUGUCACCACCUGACAAGACCUCCAUGCAACGCAUGGAUGCCUCCACGGACAGUGGCCUGGGUCGCUCGGGAGAGUUGCAGAAUUGGUCACCCACCACUCAGGAUAGCAAUCGUACGGUUGUGGUACGCUUGGGAGAAAAUUCUGGUACUCCGAGAUCCUCCAUAACAGGCCUCACAUCCUCCAGCUCGGUCCACAGGCGAUUUAGGCAACAAAAAUCCUAUGAUGAAUCGGAAAAUUCUCCCGAAGAGGAGAUGGCGCCCAAUAAACGCCAUUCCAUUGCUGUGGAUGAUCGGGAUCAAUAUGUACGCGAUAAUGGUAGGCAAACUACCCAGGUCCGCCUCAACGGUUUCUAUGAAAGGAACUCACCUUUGGGGGAAGGGAAGUUUGUGCAAACCUCCGAAAUGUUGACCACCUCCAGUGGAGGAUUUUCGCAAAAGGUACAACAAAAACGUGUGGAAUUUUGCAAAACCGAGGUCCACUUUGCCACCGAAUCGGGUAGGGUAAAUAUUGUGGAAACCGAUAGUAAACCACCGCCAACGAAUAAUUUUAGAAGACGGCGUAGCCGUAGUUCCAGUGUGGGACCAUUGCAGAGUUUGGUGAAAUCGGCCACGACAGUUUCGACCACAAGCACGGCCAGCUCAUCUUCGGUGGCCAUGCCAGUUACCCUCUUCGGAGAUGAUAAAUUGCGAAGAAAGACAAUUGCCUCGACGACGGUGGCCUAUAGGGCGCCAUUGGUAGAUUCUCCAGAACCAGACAAACAAAUCGCCGCAACACCGGCCAUUAAAAAUGUAACCGUCACCACAGUGGCGGAAUCCUAUGGCAAUUCGGAAAGUUCCCGCAGUAGCUAUGCCUCUACCAGCGGGGUGGAUACCACCGAUUAUGAAACCGAUGAAAUGACCUCUCUGCGAGGUAUUUUAAAGAAUAAGCCAGCCAAGCCGAAACCUUAUGUUUUGGGGGAAAACAUCGACAAACCCGAUGAGCUGUGGGGUGUUCAGUCGAUUAAGUCAAUGAAAGGACCAGGUGAAACGAGAGGUCCCAAUGACUCACCCCUCACCAUUCCGGCGCCACAAAAUAUGGCAUCCAUCAAAUCUGUUGCCGAGCGUAUCCAAGACCUGUCCCAGACCAAUGGCUUCUCCACCAAAAUCAAUUUAAAUGUGGGAAAUGGAUCCUCACCGGUCACGGUGCCCUCCGCCAAGAAUUGGGAAGAAAAUGGUCAACAGCCGAGGCCCCAGCGGCGUCUUAGUGCCCAAGAAAUGCUGCUGCAAGAUCUCAAAGAUCAUCAGCGGAUAUUGGAUGAGGGUCUGAAAUCGACCACUCUCAUUAUCAAAACUAUGCGUUCUGCCACAGAAUUUGAUGAGGCAAUGCGGCGUCUAAGUAUUGCCUCCAUAGAGGCCCAGGCUGCCACCCAGCCCAAGAUAAUGCUACGUUCGAAUAGCUAUCAGGAAUCAUCGUCAACGCAAGAGUUCCAAGAUCCCUUGCAGAAUACAGAGCCCAGUAAUAUGCAUCUCUACAAAUCGACAAGCUUCUCCUCGAACUCCUCUUGGUCCACCAACGACUCAAGGAAAUUCUCCCUGGAUUCGCGUAAAACUUCUACCGAUUCGGGGGCCUCAUUUGUGCGUCAUGGUUCCGGUCCACGAUUAAGUUUUUUGGGUAAUGAACAAAUCCCGGUUAGCCAGCAGCUGCAACGUUUACGUCUCAUCUAUGAUGCUGCCACAAUUUCACCCAGUCAAAAUGGCGAGGAGGAUGAGGAGGAUAGUGCCGAUGAAGAAGUCAAAAGCUAUUUUCGUGGUCAUGUCGACAGUGAUAGUGGUGGCGGAACCCAGGAAAGCUCCUCAUACGAGGAUGAUUUUGCUCUAGAACAUUCACAUAGCUGGAGUCGCCUAAAAGCCAAGAAAACCAUAUGGAAAAUUGAUACCGACAAUUCGACAGAAGUGGCCAGUGGAAAAACAUUGGAGAAAACAGAUCUACCCAACUCAAAUGUGAUGAGUAUUAAAUUACAUUCACCACAGGCCACCACGGAAAUCCCCACAGCUGUAAAACCCCUAGCACCAGUAGCAAAGCCAAGAACCGUCAGCAGUAAUGCUGAGACCAAACCCACCACAGCCACCACCACAACCCAACCACACAAACCCUAUCAGACGAGUCUACCCACCAAAGACUCAUUGAAAAUCAUCAAAGAAGCCCGUGGAGCCCGUCAGCUACGCGACCAUGAACUUUCCUAUUUCGGUAUAGCCGCUUCGAAAGUAGAACAGGAGAAAUUAAAAACGAAAUAUCCAAUGAUUUCCUCCAGUCGCAAUUCUCCCAAGCGAUCUCUGCCUCUGAGGAGGGUAAGUGAGGAGAUGGCGGGAACAAAUGGCAGGCAUGAUAAGGAGAAUGGCAGAUCCUCGCCACACAAUAAAUGGCAGCUGGAUCACGAUAAACCGGAUUUGCUAAAACACAAUCCACCCAUGAGAGGAGAGGAUGGCACCGCCAUGCCCAUAAAACCUGCCGAAAGGACUUCGCUGAAAAAGAAGGCCGCCUUGGAUGAGGAAGAGGAACAUCUCUAUGAGAAUAUUGCCAAUGAUAUAACACCAGUUUUCAAGGUUAAGGAGGUGUAUGAUCGGAAACUGGAUCUACAACGGGAUGCCAUGAUUUUGAGUGAAAUGAAUGAGAGUGCGGAUCAAACUUUGAGAGAACUCUCCGAUGAAGCUUCUCUAAAGGAUCGCAAACGUCGCUCCCUGCCGAGACGUAAUUCCAAACCACUCGAAACCAUUGAUGAGAAGGCCAUGACGGAAAAAAUCUCCGACACCUGUAUAGCGGUCAAGGUGUCGCGCGGCACCUUUGCCUCUGAGGCCAAGAAAACCUCACGCCACAAUACACCAUCUCCGAAUCGCCUGAAUUCGGCACCCAGAGAACGCACCUCGUCCCAGUCAUCGGUGGAAUGUUGUCCCCGGGCCCGAUCCCGUUCCCUGUCCAGUGAAAAAGAAUAUGAAAACCUUAAAACAUCCAGCAAAUCGUCGCGAUCCACACAAAUGGUGAAACAUAAGUCGCACAAACCCCAGACGGAAAGGCGUUCCAGUUCUCUGGACUCACAACGCUCCUAUCAUUCGCAGUACUCCUCGGGAGAGGAACAGCAGCAGCAGCAACAGUUGCGCAACAGUUUCCGUCGUGAGGAUCGUUCUCGGGCCAAAACCAAACGUCCCACCAACACAUCCUCGUCCUCAUCGAAAUCCCAACGCUGCGAAGAGAAAACCUCCUCCAAACUGUCCUCUUCCGCACAUCACAGUGAGUUUAAACGUUCAUCCAGUACCACACGUUCUUCAACACACAGAGAGCGUGCUGAGUGCCACAAGGGUGAUACAAAUGGCCACACUGAUUCCCAGCACAAUAAACGUGAACGCGAUCGCGAUCGUGAUCACCAUCAUUCGGGCACGUCAUCGCUGCAACGUGGUUCAGCCAUUAGCUCAAGUGGUCGCCGCCAUCGUGACGAGCUACGUGACUCACAGCGUUUGAAACGUUCCACGGCAACUUCGGAUAAAUCCUCCGCAGCACGUCAUGAAAAGGCGGAAGGUAGUGGCAAGCAUUCCUCGUCACGUCUGGCGCGUGACGAUGAGCGUAACAAUUCAACGCGUUCCUCGUCACAUCGUUUGGAACGCAGCAGCGGCGACAAGGAAAAGGAGAAACUAUCAAAAUCAAAGGCUCACUCCAGUCGCUCAACAUCCCAACAACGCCAUGAACGCAGCGCCACCACCAUCACCACAACGACAACAUCUAGCCACACAACAACAGCGCCAUCUUCAUCUAAUGACCCCGACAGGCAUCACAGCAGGUCUGGCAGCAAAACGAAGGCCGUGACCUCAACGGAAAAUACGACCCAGAGUAAAAAUUCCCAACAACGUCAACAGCAACAGCAGCAGCAACAUCAUCAUCAUCGCCCAAACCAUUCCUCCUCCGCCUCAUCAUCCAAAGAACGUUCCAGAGAACAUGCAAAAGACCCCACCUUAGUAUCCGAACGAAAGCAAAAAUCUGCAAAGACUCCUACGGAGGUCAUAACCAAGACCCAUGAACAUGUCUAUGGUCUGAAAUCGGCCAUAAUAAAGACCACAACGAAACUACGUGAAAAAUCUCGAGCUCGCAAGGAAAAGAAAUGAACAACGAAAAAUUAACCAAUUCCUAAAACCACUGGAAAUCGACAUGCCCGCAAACAGGGACCCGCUCUACUCCCUGUUAUCUGCCACCCUAAUAUACAUUCAAAUGCUAAUCCAUGACUUAUUUUAUAAAAAUAAAUAAUAUUUUUUUUUUAAUUAAAUACUAAUUUUACUCACUCGCACUUAUUGACUUAACCUAGAAAUAUUUGAAUUAUUAUUAUUACGUUUUUAAUUUCGACAACAACAUAAACAAAGUAUUAAUUAAUUAAACAAUUAUUUCUUGUAUUAUUUUUUUUUGUAUUAUUAUUAACCUCUACAUGAUACUCAUAUUUUAUGAAUUUUAUUUCGAUGCCUAGAAUUUUAAGAUUUUGUUUUUUUUUUUGUGUAUUUUUAUGUGUUUUCAAAUGUCAAGCAAAACAUCCGAUUUUGCCUUAAAGUACUUUUUGUGUUUAAGAGAGUGUGUUAUGGUUUAGAAAUGUUUUUUUGUAAAACAAAAAUAAGAAAGAAAUUUUGAAGAAAAAAAAAUCAAAUCAAAGCAAAAACAAGAGUUUUUGCUUUUUAGCACUUUAAGUUUUGUGGAGAAUCUCCCCAAAUCUCACCCACUUAAAUUAUUUAAUAAAAUAUUAAUAAAUUUUUUGAAAAAAUAAAAA